AUGUCUAAAAAUACACAUCAAAACCAAAAGAAUAAGACUAGAUCUGUUCCUAUUUUAGAAAAACCAGCCAGCACCCCUAGUGACUUACCUAAAGCUUCUCAAUACUUACUUAAUUUUGACAAUCAGAUGGCUCAUGAGGACAAUGCUAAAAUAACUAUCGGAGUUGUGAAACCAACUGGGUCCAAAAUGUUUAUCAGCAGCCUCAAAGGCAAUAUUACUGCAUUUAUGUCAAUUUCUGAGCCAGGAACCCUCAACAUCACUAUUAAAAAUACUAGAAAAGUAGAGUCAGGUGAAUACUAUAAGGCCAGAAAAGGGAAAGAACUCACGAAUCAGUUAAUCGAUGUCUUAACUUAUAAAAUGCAACAAAUAGCUGCAAAUUAUGAAAAAUUAACUACCACAUUGGCAGCCAGAGUUGAGGUUAACUCCCAACCAGCCCAAAAUCAACUAUCUCCACCUCAACAGCCUCCAAAUAGCAACAUUAAAUGUUAUAACUGUGGCAAAUGA